UGAAUCAGUAUCCUGUUUAUUGUACAUUUUUUUUAUUGUUUAAUUAUUUCACUUUUAUUUAUUAUCUAUUUCACUUGCUCUGACAAUGUAAAUGUUCCCAUGCCAGUGAAGCCCUUUGAAUUGAAAUUGACUUGAGAGAGCGAAAGGGAGAAAGACAGCGAAAGAGGGAGAAUAUAUUUGAUUGCAUUCUCCAGGCCAUCAGCACCUUUUUGAAUGUCAUUUAAUUGGGAGAGAGGAUGGACCAUUUUGGCAAAUAGAUGGGCAGCACUCUCUGGUCUCCCAUGAUCCUGCGGCAAUAAUUAACACGAGAUCAGUGGUCGAUUCUCCUUGACAGCGACCCUGCCCCAGGCUCUUCCUGCUUUUAUCCACCCAGCAUGGGAAUCAUUGACCGGCCGCUCAGACUAGAUUAAAAUGGAACCAGAAACAGACAAGCUAUCAGAUGUAGGGGACGGACAGAAAGAUUUCAGGCUAUACCGCAUAUAUACCGCAUAUAUCCAUUAGCUCAUGUAUUUUCCAGCUCUUCCACUUCGAUGAGUACAUAUUGUAAUUCAGUCACAGCACACAGAAGUGUAUUUAUCAUGCAAGAUGAUAGUUUAAUGUGGUACUGUUUGAUGGUUUGAUGUUUCGUGAUGGUUAACUUACAUUAUGUAAGCCAUAGAAUAGAUUUUUUUUAACAGGACAUAACUUUCAUUAAUUACUAUUCCAAACAAAUUAAACUUCUCCGCGUGACCAUUGACUUGUUCAGCAGAGUCUUGUCACAGUAAAACAUCCAGUAUAGUACUGCAGUUUAAUCUAGAACUGCAGCAGUCAUGACAACCGUUUCAAAUGGUGACAGAGGUUUGCCCUGUCUUGCCCGAGGCACUGUGAGUUCCAUUGCCCCACUGAGAGUGUACUUGUUCAUUCACUGUGAGUAACAUGGCUGAUGUGGGCUACCAAUGGCUGAUGAUGGCUACCAGUGACCAUGCUUGACACAAUGCUGUGGAGCAGGCUUGCUUUGAAGCAUAACCAACAUGUGCUUAUGUUCAGAAUGCCUCUAAGCAAGUGAAACGCACACACACAUUCGCACACACACACACACACACACACACACACACACACACACUGUAAACACAGGUUUGAGGAAAGGUCAGUGUUCAACUCAGGUACCCGUUGUGGGCGAAGGAUGACAGGACAUUAGAAGUAAUCAUUGUUUCCAUGGAGACAGUGCUGGAGACAGGCUCUUGCUCCUAACCAGAGUUCCAUUCUGUACAGAGGCAGUAUGACUACUGUUUUUCUGUCUCUGUGUUUGUGAUAUAAUGCUUUUUUCAGUUGUUUGGAUGUUUUCUGAGAGAAGAAGAGAGCUUUCACUUCCAUGUUUUUUUCUUGAGCCUCUGAUUUAGCCUUGACUGUGCUCCUGCUGCCUGCCCUGGCUGUGACAGGGUGCCAUGGAAACCAAAACGGGGGUGCGUCACCCCACCCGCAUGCCCCGCCUCAUCCCAGCAUCUAUCCCAGGAUCAAUGGAUGGCCGGCACUACGGAAACUGGUGAAUUAGCCCAAUAGAUUAGAGGAAGGUCUGAAAACAAGUGCUUCAGUUUGUAUCAAUACUUAUCUUUGGAAUGACAGCUUGAGCCAGUCUGCUGCUGAAUCGUGCCGAAAUCUACUAGAGAAACCACUACUACCUCUGUCUACGCCACUGAGAGGACAGCAGCAGUGUGACAUUUCUCUUCCACUUUUCAGUUUGAUUGGGACGCUAAGAAGAUAAAUAUCUGUUUUUAGUAGUCUUUUUUUUGUCAGCUUUUUUUUUAAAAUCCCAAACCGUUAUCUAGAGUGGACUUCCAGUGACAGCAGAUACUUCAUACGAGGACCUAUUUAUAGUAAUCUGCAGAUUGGACAUAGCCUUUUGGUAACCAGCAGCCACUACUUCAGCUUGGCUUGUGCUGGAGCUUCUGUUCCUGACGAAUAUCAACCCCAUCAAAACACAGAACCGCUCUCUGGUUCCGUGAGGCUCAGGCUUGGCUAACAGCUAACACCAACAAACGGUGAGGUGCUGCAGGUGAGAGAACGCCAGAACCCUGGAUGAGCAGGGCGCCCACCCGGAGUGGGGUGGGGAAGAGGCACCACAGACACCGUCACAGACCCAGGAGAUGACAGACCCCAUGGGGCAGGAGAACCAGGGACCACCAGCCCCCUGUCCAGAGGUGGUGGUGGUGGGGGAAAAACACCCAAAAACCAAGACGACCACCAACAUUCACACACCAGGGACCUUGGUCACCCCACACCAGCGCCCCUCUGUGAACCACCGGCACAACGAGGGAGCAGAGGUUGUGCACCGCGCCUCUCAGUUCAACAUGGAGGGCUUGGAGGACUUUGAGGAGUUUGUGUUGAAUUUUGACGAUUAUGACCUGCUUGAAUCCAUCCAUGACCACCUGGGGUCCCCUGAGGACACAGUCCCCCUGGAGCCCGACCAUGACCAGCUGGGAUCCCCUGAGAACCCAGAACCCUUGGGACCCAUCAGUCACCGAUUCGAAGACAACCCUGGGAUGAGGCGUCAUCUGGUGAAGAAGUCGUCUCGAUGCCAGCUCACUCAAAACAGCAAAAGCUCUCCGACCCAGUCCAGCCUGAAGAGGAAGAAGAGGGUGGCUGACAAGAAGACCCAUGAGGUGUUUGUGGAGCUCAAUGAGCUGAUAGUGGAUAAGAACCAGAAGAUGCGCUGGAAGGAGACUGCUCGUUGGAUCAAGUUUGAGGAGGACGUGGAGGAGGAGACAGACCGCUGGGGAAAACCCCAUGUGGCUUCACUCUCCUUCCGCAGCCUGCUGGAGCUUCGCAGGACCAUCACACAUGGUGUGGUCCUGUUGGACCUGGAGCAGACCACUCUGCCUGGCAUUGCCAACCUGGUGGUGGAGACCAUGAUCAUCUCAGACCAGAUCAGAGCGGAAGACCGGGCCAACGUGCUCCGUGCCCUGCUGCUCAAACACCACCACCCCAACGACGAAAAGGAGGGCCUUUUCCACCGCAACCACUCUACUAAAAGCCUUCACGGCAGCUUCCAACGCAACCACAACCACGUUCCCGACACCACGGUGCCCCUAGUGGCUGAAGAUCCUACAGAGGCCCUCCACCAUGAAAAGAAGCAGCAGAGCAGAGAUGUGUUUAAAUCACUCCAUCCCCCCCUGCCGAUGGCUCUCCAACAACAGGUUACCAAACACACAAAACUCCUAGCGAAGAUUCCCAAGGACGCAGAAGCAACCGUGGUCUUAGUGGGUUGCGUGGAGUUCCUGGAGCAGCCAGCCAUGGCCUUCAUCAGGCUGAGUGAGGCGGUCCUGCUGGAGUCGGUCCUGGAGGUGCCGGUGCCGGUUCGUUUCCUCUUUGCACUGCUUGGACCCGCUCAGUCCAACAUGGACUACCAUGAGAUUGGACGCUCCUUCUCCACCCUCAUGUCUGACAAGAACUUCCACGAGGUGGCCUACUUUGCGGACGACCGGCAGGACCUGCUGAACGGCAUUAAUGAGUUCCUGGACUGCAGCAUCGUCAUCCCCCCGUCAGACGUGGAAGGAAAGGACCUGCUGAAGACAGUGGCCUCCUUCCAGAAACAGAUGCUGCGCAAGAGGAAGGAGAGAGAGAACAUUAAGACCCACACCACCCCCUGGACAGACCAGGAGACCAAAGAGGUGAGCCAGGAUGAGCAGGAAGAGGAGGAGGACCAGGAGGUGGACCCCAUGAAGAGGUCGGGCAUCCCCUUCGGAGGCCUCAUCCAUGACAUCAGGCGGCGCUACCCGCGCUACGCCAGCGACAUAAAGGACGCCUUGGACUCACAGUGCAUCGCCGCUGUCAUUUUCAUCUACUUCGCCGCCCUCUCACCCACAAUCACCUUUGGAGGGCUGCUGGGAGAGAAAACAGAGGGCAUGAUGGGAGUGUCGGAGCUCAUCAUCUCCACAGCGACCCUGGGGGUACUUUUCUCUCUGAUGGCCGGACAGCCCCUCCUCAUCAUCGGCUUCUCAGGACCCCUGCUGGUGUUUGAGGAGGCCUUCUUCAAGUUCUGCCAGGCCCAGGGCUUUGAGUACCUAACGGGCCGGGUGUGGGUCGGCUUCUGGCUCGUCUUCAUAGUGCUGUUGAUAGUGGCGGCCGAGGGAAGCUUCUUGGUUAAAUACAUCUCACCCUUCACCCAGGAAAUAUUUGCCUUCCUCAUCUCACUCAUCUUCAUCUACGAGACCUUCUCCAAGCUCAUCAAGGUAUUCCAGGAGCAUCCUCUGAUGAGAAGCUACCCGCCUGCUUUUGGCCUUCCCGGCAUGGAGUUCACUAACCCCACAGACCCCCAUGGCCCCAUCCUAAACCAACCCAACACGGCCCUGAUGUCUUUCAUCCUCAUGCUUGGUACCUUCUUUGUGGCCUACUUCCUUAGGAAAUUGCGCAACAGUCGAUUCCUGGGCGGGAAGGCCAGAAGAAUCAUCGGAGACUUUGGCAUCCCCAUCUCCAUCCUGUUCUCUGUACUGUUGAGUUACUCCGUCCCCGACACAUAUACCCAGAAGCUGAAUGUACCGUCUGGUUUCUCGGUCACGUCUCCUGACAAGCGGGGCUGGUUCAUCAGUCCGUUCGGUGACCUCAAGCCCUUCCCCGCGUGGAUGAUGGGGGCAUCGGUGGUGCCCGCCCUCCUCGUCUUCAUCCUCAUCUUCAUGGAGACACAGAUCACCUCACUCAUCGUAAGCAAGAAGGAGCGUCGCCUGGUCAAGGGCUCUGGCUUCCACCUGGACCUGCUGCUCAUCGUCACGCUGGGCGCCAUGUGCCCUCUGUUAGGCCUGCCCUGGCUCACCGCCGCCACGGUGCGCUCUGUCACGCACGUCAACGCCCUUACUGUCAUGAGCAAGGCCACAGCGCCCGGCGAGAAGCCUGUGAUCCAGGAGGUGAAGGAGCAGCGGUUGACGGGCCUGGUAGUCGCCGUGCUCGUGGGUAUGUCCCUCGUGAUGACAGAUGUGCUUCGUCACAUUCCGCUGGCCGUGUUGUUCGGGAUCUUCCUCUACAUGGGCGUCACGUCAAUCACCGGCAUCCAGCUCUACGAGCGCAUCACUCUCAUGUUCACGCCCGCCAAGCACCACCCUGACCACAUAUAUGUGACCAAGGUGAAGACGUGGCGUAUGAACAUGUUCACCAUCAUCCAGCUGGCCUGCAUCAUGUUGCUGUGGGUGGUCAAGUCCACCGUGGUCUCGCUCGCCUUCCCCUUCAUCCUCAUCAUGACCGUGCCGCUCCGCCGCCUCAUCCUCUCCCGGAUCUUUGAGGAGCGUGAGCUCCAGGCGCUCGACGGGGAAGACGAGUCAUCCCCCAACUUUGACGAGGAUGGUCGGGACGAGUAUAACGAGAUUCACAUGCUUGUGUAGACACGUGACACGGGGAGGCCCAAUAGGCUCUCUCUGUCUUCCAACACGAACCAAUUACGAGCAAGCUUCUUUGGAAGGCAAACCUUAUAAUGUCUGGGUAGCUGUGUUUUUCACCCCCCACAGAUGUGCUGAGGGUAGAAUAUUUGUCCAACAGAGAAACAUUAUGUAUACAUAUAUAUAUUAUAUGUGUAUAUUACUGUGUGUACGUAUAUAUUCAAAUCUUGCUCCUCUUUGAUCUAAAAAUGCUGUAAAGGAAUAACCCCACUGUUAUGAUUUAUGUCUGUGUGUCCUGCUCCAACUAUAGAUGUUUUCUCCCAGAAAGUCUGUAUCAACUCUACUGCCCUACUGUGACAGUGUGGGUGAGGAAUCCUAAAGUGUGUGACAUGGACAAUGCACCAUGUCAACACAGACCAGUCAUUUAAAAACCCUCCUCCCUACACAAGCUCUGGACAUGGGUUCCUCCCCAUAUCCUUCGACGGUCAAGCUCACUACAGAUUCCAGGCGUACGUGUCGACAACCCCAAGGAUUCCAGUAGGUUGGUUUCCUCGCCCAGUGUUGGAGUCCCAUAUUUUUGGGGCACCGGUGGGAUGAACACUGGUUGUACGACAGCCUCACAGGUUUCACCAGGAGCCAAUACUCCACUGCCUGCUCAGCGUAACUGCCUUCCUUCCCCCUCUUCUUCAUACUGUAGCCAUUAUCAGUGCAGUUUGACGUCGUCGCUAACCAAACAGUAUGACGUUCCCUUUUAUUUGUUUUUAGUUGUUUGCUACUCACAGGACACGUUCAUCUUUGACCUUUGCGAUUCACCUGCACUGCCACACCAGUUCACCGGUCCAAGAACAGAAGAAGAAUCAUUGGAUGAGACCUCUCAAUGCAUUUCCCCUGAAACGAAGAUGCACUGAGGACUGCGUGUGUGUUGGAGGAGUUUUUCUUGAUGAGGUAUAUUCUGCAUUACAUGCCAGUCCAAUGAUGUCACUGUGGAUGUAUAUGUGAACACAUUGUGAUCUGCUGACCUUGAAUACGUUUAAAUUGUUUAUUUAGUAUUUGUGACCAUACGAAUGAAAUGUUAUCCUACCUAUUUAUUACAAUUUUGUUUUAGUUGCCAAAAUUUUAUGAAGCCAUAUUGACAUAUGGGAUGCUUUCUAAAUGUCUGUUUGUUCAAUUAAUAACUUUAUUUGAAACCUUUGUCACAGUCACUGGAAUUAUGUCACAGUUAUCAACAUCACUGUGUAGCACCACUGUCAUUGUGUACUUCCAUGUUCUGAGGGCAACUGUUGGAUGUGAAUGGUACUGAAGCUUCAUAUGAACCCUGACCCUUGAACUGCAAACAGAUCAUUGACCAAUAGUUUGUUGUUCCUGUUGUGAACACAAAUCAGUCGUGACAUUUUCAAAUGUUUUUCAAGUUAUACACAGUUGGUUCAGAAGGGAUUCUAUACAACUUAGCAUUAGUUUAACAUGUAAAGUCACUGGAAUGGACUCUUUGCCUCAAGGUUCAGAGUUUAUACCCCACACAGAAUGUCUGUGUAUUUAAAAUGUAAGUUUUCAUGAGCUGUGUUGCAGAACCAUUUUUGACUGGUUGUAUUAACGCUAGAUGCUAGGAUUGGAGAGUUAUUGAAUGCAUUUUGUGUAUGGACAACCUAUUUAGCCCCACACCAUGUGAGACUUAUUGAAUGUAUAGGCCUACCCAAUGGGCACACACUGGUUGCGACAACAUUGUUUGACGUUGAACCAACGUGGAAUAGACAUUGUAUUGCGUUCAGGGGACAGAAGAAAGACCGACACUAAAAAAUAAUCCUCAGGCGUCGGGGGAAAAAAUGAAGAAUUGGAAUUGUGGUUAUUAUUCAAGAGGAUAUAAGGGUUGUUCUGUUAGUAUUCUCUGAGUGUUGGAACAGGGACAAGAAAAUCAAAUGGUUAUGGGGCCGGAAAAAAGGCCUGGCAUGUUAGACGUUGGGAAUCCACAAUGUUUCGUCACCUGAUACCUCCAUGCUAGCACAGACCAGACCGCCCACCCAAAAUCUAGGAAUAUAGCCUUGUCAUUUUUGAACAGACAUUACCUAGACCUCUCGCUUGAUUGAAAGUCUCCCGGCCCAUUUUUCCCUCAUUUGAUUGGAUGUCCAGGACAAGAAAUGUUUUUGUUGUCUGUACAUUAUGCACACUUGUGAAGGCUAUUAAUAAGUAGACAAUCAGAAAUGUACUCCUGUAUAUCUUUAUGUAUCUACUGUCAUAAGGAAUAUGAUAGAACCGCUAACCCUGUGGCGACAUCCUAUUGUACAAUGAGCUCGUAUUUCCCCAGUCCUUUUUUGUACUGCAUAUUCAUUUGAAUUAAUGAGUCAUUCCCAACUUGUUUGCGCCAUGUAAUAAAUAUGAUGUUAUAAAGGUGAAGCUCCCCUUUAAAUAGUUAUUAUUCUCUUCAGAAUUCUCUAAGCGUCAGGUCAGUGAUUAUUUAAAGGGGAAUUGUACUUUAAUUGAGGGUCUUGAGGCAUUGAAAAGAUGUCCUGCAGGCCACUUGUAAUGAAGCCCAUAUGACGUACUAUUUAUGCCUCAAUACAGGACAAUGACUUUAGUUUCCUGUAGAAUUUUGAAUGGUUUAUACAUGCUAUACUUGCGUGUUAAAAUCAGCUUGAAGUCAUGUCACACACAGAUAUAGUGACACACACAUAAACAUAUUGCCACACACAAACAGAGAUAUAACUCUUUCUGCUCUGAAAACGAUACCUGACUAUAAUGACGAAGUGUGGUUUGUCGGUCUGAGAAUUUUUUUUAUGUGAGUAUAUUUUAUGGUAAAUUAUUCAUUACUUUAGCAUUAGCAAUACCGAAUUAUACUUAUGUUAUGUGGAUACUUGAAUAGCAAUUCAGCCUGCUGUUAUUGUAAAGGCGUUUUCAAACUACUGUAAAACAAAUUAUUUUUUUGUCUGAAAAUAAAUAUUUAUUAUGUGUUUCA